AUGUGCUAUCACCUCGUCACCCACAUAGAGUAUGCGUGUUCGCACCAGGUUCCGGACCAGCGGCACUAUAUCGACUGCAACCAGUGGACGUGUAGGCUGAGCAGGCUCCACAACCCGACCGAGCACGACUGCAUGCAGCAGUGCACUGCGAUGUAG